AUGUACUCGGUCAAGGGCACGAUACAUCUACCAUGGGAAGGCGAGUACGGGCCCGAUGGACCGUGGCAAGCGGUCAGAAUCAGUGUCGGCUACUUCCCGAAUAGCACCAACUUCUACGCGGAUGUCUCUACUAUGUGGCCGGACUGGAGCGGUACGUCCAAGGUGCUGACACCCGCCUCGGGGGGGAAUUACACCGCAACCGAUUCGUCGAGCGCGGUUAUUGUCCGACAGGAUGAGGGCUACUGCCCCGCCCAGGAGUCGACGAAAUCACCGAUCCACGGAUGCUGGCGGGGCAAAACUGUUGUUGAGGAUCUGAGGCUAGAGAGAACGACCCGGGGGGGAACGGGCACGAUCGGAUGUGACGGGACGUUCGAGGCCGUGGAGGAGUGGGUGUACGGGCUUCCCGACGGGAGUAACUAUUCGGGGCGUGUAGGCACACUUGGCCUGGGCAAACCCAAUGUCCCCGACCCGGAGGACGUGCCCCUGGCUAUCCUGCAGUCCUUGAAGUCGACCACUAUUAUAGCGUCCAUGUCGUUCGGCCUGCACAUGGGCAGCGUCGCGCUCGGCCAGCCAGCAUCGUUGGUUCUCGGCGGGUACGAGAAAAGUCGGGCCCUCGGGUCCGUUGGCGUUUUCACGUUCGGCGGAUUUGGCCCUCCGAUUUUAUACCUCCUCGACGUCCUUCUCGGCACCCAAGUCGGUGCGUCGCCGUUUGCCAGGCCCGGGGAUGAAGGAAGCGUCUGGCAGGGGAUCAAAGACAAUGAAGGAGACAUAGCAGAGGAUAUCACGCAGCAGGAAGGGGUUAAGCCCGGCACAGCGCUUGUGGUACCCGACCCGACGGUCCCGUACAUCUACCUCCCCCCGGGUACGUGCGAGGCCGCCGCGCGCCGGCUGCCCGUAACGUGGAACGACAGACUCGGUCUCUAUCUCUGGAACACAGGUGAUCCUGCGUACCAACGCAUUGUGCGCUCGCCCGCCUAUCUCUCUUUUGUUUUCGCCGACCACAUCCCCGCGAACAUCACCAUCAAAGUUCCCUUCCGCCUGCUCAACCUCACUCUAGAGCCGCCUCUCAUGCCGACCCCAACGCCUUACUUCCCCUGCAAGCCCUGGAACACCGAAGACGGGAUCUGGACGCUCGGGCGCGCCUUUCUUCAGGCGGCGUUCGUUGGCGCCAACUUUGAGCAGGGAAUAGCGUUCCUAGCCCAAGCUCCGGGGCCCGAUCCCGUGCGGAGAGUCACACAGGCCCUACCCCCGAACGAUACCACGCUGCAGACAAACCCGAUUGAAGAAUUUGAGCGGUCCUGGCUACCUAGCUGGACUGUUCUAAAAGAAGACACUUCUACCAGCUCUGAUACCCCUUCCAGCUCUGUCCCAGUCGAGCCGUCGUUGGGCGGGAACGGUGGUUUGUCUACGGGAGCGGUGGUGGGCAUUGUCUUGGGCGUUGUGGCUGCGCUGGUGGCAGCAGCCGUCGCCGUUUGGUUCUUCUGGAGGCGGAAGGGGAAACAAACCGAGCCAUUACCAUCUGGGGAUUCACCUAAGGAACAGCCGGAGAUGAACGGGCAGGGCGAACCGGCGGAGUUGGGGAAGCCAAACCCCCACGAAUUACACUGUCCCGCCGUGUUCCUUGAGCUGCCGGUUGACAACGGCCCCGAGCGUUAG